UCUUCCUCUUCUCUCUGACUUUGACUGUCUCUCUCUAUACUCAGUUAAUGCUGGCUCAAAGCUCCUCUUGCUACCCUGCGCUUCGGCUUCAACUCCAACCAUAAGCUCGUCUAAAUCCGGCCGAAACUCCCCCAUUUUUAUCGGCCAAGGAAACACCAAAUGGGGGGCUGUGCAGCGUCCAGGCUUGGGUUCAGCGGCGAGGAGGAAGGCCCGGUAGCGCUCUGCCGCGAGAGGAAGCGCCUCAUGAAAGCGGCGGUCGACUGCCGCUACGAACUCGCUGCUGCUCACGCCGCCUACAUCCACUCCCUCAACGCUGUCGCCGCCGCAGUCGACAUUUUCGUCUCCCGCAUGUCCGCCCCGACUCCCUUCCUCAUCACCCUCCCUGACUCCUCUUCCUCCUCCGCGCCCCCUGCCAUUUCCUCCCCUCCAUGCGCCUACCUCCGCCAGACGCCGACGGAGGCAAAGAUCGAGUCUUUGCCCUGCCACGCCUCGCCUCCUCCCGCGAGCUCGAAGUCCACAGAGGCGGCCGAGUCGGUGGAGGAGGUGGAAGAAGAGAAUAAGAUGGGUGGGGAAACGGGCUGCGGUUACUUCUUCUCCGCGACAGGGCCAAUGCCUCCGUCUCCUCCACCGGAGGUGUUCGGUUGGGACUUCUUUGGCCAGUUCGAUGAGGUCCCACGGGCAGCUGAACCGGCAGUUGCGGUGGGACGACUCGACCGGAGCUCAGAUGAGUAUUUGAGGGCGGUGAGAGAGCAAGAAGGCAUUCCGGAUCUCGAGGAAGCGGAUGAAUAUGAAGAAGAAGAGGAGCUAAAAGGUGAGACUUUGGUUGCGGAAAGGGUGCCCGACUGCGGCUGCAACACCGAAGUGGUGGAGGUCGUCGCAAACCAAGAAGAAGAUCUGUCUUUGUCCGAGAAGGCUGGAGAGGGCAGAGAUCUACUCCAAGCGCUGAGAGAAAUCGAGGACUCCUUCAUCAAGGCGUACCAUUCAGGGAAGGACGUCUUAAGGAUGCUGGAGUGCAACUUUGUUCAACACCAACCAGGGCAUGAGGAGACAAAAGAGAACUCGUCGAAAGUUAUUCGAGCUAUUACAUGGCAUCGGUCUGCAUCGUUCUCGUCCUCUCAUAGAAGUCCAGUUACCUCGAGCUCCAACAGCACGUCUUGGACAGAAACUACAAACGAACCUUUGGACGACUAUGUUGGAAUGGAGUCUGGAAGUCAUUCACAGACUCUAGGAAGGUUGUAUGCUUGGGAGAAAAAGCUAUAUGAAGAAGUGAAGGCAGGGGACCAGGUUUGGCAAACUUACUUGAAGAAAUGCAUGCAACUAAGGAACCAAGAAGCCAAAGGAUCAAAAUCAAGCUCUGUGGACAAAAAUAGAGCUAUUGCAAGAGAUCUACAUGCAGGAAUAUGUGUUGCGUUACGAGCUUCUCAAUCGAUAUCACAGAGAUUAGAGAAACUAAGGGACGAAGAACUACAACCACAAAUCGUAGAGCUGCUACAAGGUUUGUCCCGGAUGUGGAAGACGAUGCUGGAGUCGCAUGAAACUCAGAAACAUAUAAUGUUUGAAGUGAGCACAUUCAUAUGCCCGGCACAUGGAAAAUUCAGUAACAACACGCAUCGUCUUGCGACCGUUACUCUCGAGGCAGAGCUUCGCAACUGGAGGUCAUGCUUUAUAGGCUAUGUUGCAGCACAGAAAGCGUAUGUCGAAGCUAUUCAUGGUUGGUUAUCGAAGUUUUUUGCAUCCGACGUGGAAUACUAUUCCCGAAGUAGAUCGUUGUUUCCUUCCUACAGAGCUGGAACACCUCCUUUGGUUAUUAUGUGUCAUGAAUGGUUGACCUCACUAAGGAAGCUACCUGACCAACCUGUAUCCUCUGGCAUGAGAAGCUUCAUUAGAACUGUGCGGGGCUUAUGGAUCAAGCAGGGGGAAGAACAGCAACAGAAGAGAAAAGUAGAUAGGCUCACCAAAGAGCUCGACCGCAGGGUUCUUGCUCUGCAAAGGGAAGAGAGCAAGGUUGUGGAAUUCAAGCUGUCUGAAAACAAUCCUGAUUCUGAUCUUCGACAGCGAGUAGAGUGUUUGUCUGAGAAGAAAGAGCUGCUAGACAUGUUCAGGAAAAAAUUGGAAGCUGAGAAAGCGAAGCAUCGGGAUUGCUUGCGCAAGACCCAUGAAAUCACGAUUAAUGGGUUCAAGAUCGGAUUGGCUAGCAUCUUCGAAUCGCUAACGCAAUUCUCAAAGGAUUCCGUUAGCAUGUAUGAUCUGUCGAUGCAUGAGAUGGCUGGGAAGACUACCUGCAUGGAGCCUCUUGGACAUGGAUGAAGUUGAUAUCAAAUGUUUGCCGAUCUUUUUGGGGCAUGCAAAGCAGGAUAAAAUAUGUGAUUACACUGAGGAAUUCUGUAGGCCUUGGCUUAUUGCUAAUUGCUAGUCUUCUCAUAAGUAUUUCAAUUGCCUUCUCAA